AUGAAGGAGGAGGAGCUGGAGUUGAGAACACAAUUAGAGAUUUCCGAGGCCAGGUCAAAGUUCACUGAGGGUGAGGCACAUCAAGUUGUCAAAGGUUUUGGUUACUUGGAUGCAAGCAGUGGCUACAAAGCUGCUAUGGCCGAGCUUGAAGUUAGGUAUGGGAAUCAAGAAACAAUUGCGAAUGCUCUAAUAAAAAGGGCUAUGUGCUGGCCCAACAUUAAAGCAGAUAAUGCGAAAGCUUUGGACGAAUAUGCUGUGUUCCUGAACGAAUGCCACAAUGCAGUGACAAGUUUGCACUCGGUGAAAGUACUGGAAUAUCCUGACAAUAUACGUAAACUUGUUAUGAAGCUACCAUUUCACUGUCAGGAGAAAUGGAGAGGUAUUGUUUUACAAAUUCGUCUCUCUGGAUCAACCAUAGAAUUUUCUAACCUUGUGCAGUUUGUCCGUAGAGAAGCGCAAAAGGCCAUGGAUCCUAUGUAUGGAAAAGAAGCCAUGCGACCAGAUGACAAGACACAAGCUUACAGGAGAGUUUUAGCUAAACCCAGCACAGGAAAGGUUCAGUCCAAGCAAACGUUUGGAACUGACCUGAUAAAUGCAAGCAAGAUGGAAAAGGAUUACAGUAUCCAACAACCAUCUAGGUUUGAUGCCAAUGAUCAAAAGCCAUGUGACUACUGUGCUAAUGGUGGGCAUUUUAUUGACUCAUGCAAAAGGUUGGCUUCUAAACCACAUAUUGAUCGUUUGAACUUUCUAAAAUCCAAAGGUCUAUGUUUUCGUUGCUUCGAACAGGGUCACCGCAGCAAGGAAUGUCAGAAGAACGUCAUCUGUCAGCACUGCAAAGGUAACCACUCAACACUGUUGCAUAUUGACUCAAAGACAAACCUGAAAUGUUUAAGUGCAUGUACAGGUCAAGCUGAUGAAGAUAUGGAGACCGGUGACAGUAAAGGUGAUUGUACACUUGCUGUAAUCCCUGUGAAAGUAACAUUCAAAGAUACAUUAAAAGUGAUAUCGACAUAUGCAUUCCUGGACCCUGGAAGUACCAUCUCCUUUUGUUCAGAAUCCCUGAUGAAUCAGCUUGGAUGCAAUGGAAAGUCAAAGAAGGUUGAAAUAACCAUAGACACACUUGGAGAACCUCAUACUUCCUUUGUUCGUGCUGUCUCUGGUUUAAAGGUUCAUGAUAUGGAUCUAAAGAAUACCGUUGUCCUUCCUACAGUGUAUUCUAGGAGCAAUAUCCCAGUAUCAAACAGGCACAUCCCGACUGAUGCUGAUGUUGCACAGUGGCCUCAUUUUGAUGGAAUUCAUGUACCUCAUCUUGAAUCUGGAGUUGAUCUUUUGAUAGGCGGAAAUGCCCCAGAUGCCUACUCUCCAUUCGAAGUCAAAGUUGGUCCUGAAGGCAGCCCUCAUGCAACCAGAACCCGGUUAGGAUGGAUUUUAUGGAAUGUUGUCAGACCGUCACGACAAGGAGAAAAGCAACAUUUUCCAUCUAUGAGAACAGACAUUGUAAGUGUCAGAAAUAUUGAGGAAAUAAGUGAAUUGAAUAGUUUGGUAAGGAAGAGCAUAAACUUUGACUUCCCUGAAAGAUCCAUUGACGACAAAGCAGAAAUGUCUCAAGAGGACAAAAGGUUUCUCGACAAGGUUUCCGAGUCUGUUUCUUUGCAAGAAGGUGAAUAUUACAUUAACCUGCCUUUUAAGUGCUCCAAUGUACAAAUGCCCAACAACAGUGUGCAAGCUCUAAAACGCCUAGACAGUUUGAAGCGGAGGUUUUUGACUGAUUCAAAGUUUCAUGAUGACUAUGAAACAUUCAUGGAAAACAUAUUAGUCAAGGGGUAUGCCGAAAAGGUACCUACUGAUGAGCUGGAAGGUCAGCCAGGAAAGAUAUGGUACAUACCUCAUCAUGGGAUAUACCACCCAAGAAAGGCAGACAAAAUAAGAGUAGUGUUUGAUUGUAGUGCUAGUUUUCAAGGAGUGUCCUUGAACAAUAUGCUCAUACAAGGCCCAAACAUGACAAACAGCUUGAUUGGCAUUCUUCUCAGGUUCCGCCAAGACCAAGUUGCGUUUAUGGGAGACAUUGAGUCUAUGUUUUAUCGUGUGAAAGUACCCAACGAAGAUCGUAACUACCUUCGCUUCUACUGGUGGCCAAGAGGUGAUUGUGAUGAGAAGCCAGAAAUUUAUAGAAUGUGUGUCCAUUUGUUUGGGGCCAUUUCUUCAUCUAGUUGUGCCACAUUCGCUUUGCAACAGACUGCUGAGGACAACAAAGAAAGAUAUGUUCCUGAAGUUGUUAACAUGGUUGAGAACAACUUCUAUGUUGAUGACUGUUUAGCAUCUGUAGAAGAUGAAGAAAGGGCAGUCUACCUAAUCAAUGAACUAUCAAAGCUCUGCAAAGAUGGAGGGUUUCGUUUGACAAAAUGGGUCUGCAAUAGCAAAUCUGUAAUGAAAACUAUCCCAACUGAGGAGAGAGCCAAGGAGGUGAAGGAAUUGAAUCUGGAAUGUGAAUCUCUGCCCAGCGAGCGAGCUCUUGGUGUCUUUGCAAAUAGGCUCACAACUAUCCAUGAGGGUUCUGAAGUCGAGCAGUGGAAGUACGUCAACACUAAGCUCAAUCCAGCAGACGUUGCAUCAAGAGGGAUGAUGUUUGACAAGUUCAAACUUGCGCAACAGUGGUUUAAAGGACCAGGGUUUCUGUGGAGACCAAGAGUUGAAUGGCCCCUUUCUCCAGACAUAUGUGUGUCUGUACCUGAUGAAGACCCAGAGGUCAAGAACUCUGGUCAACACUUCAGGAAAGAGGUUGAAGUUUUGAAAGGAAACAAAAACCAAGUUAACAAUGGAAGAAGGGUCAGUAAAUCUAGUCCUCUGUACAAGUUAGAUCCCUUCAUUGAAAAUGGAAUCAUAAGGGUCGGUGGACGUCUUCAAAGAGCUAAGAUUCAACAUGAUUCUAAACAUCCGGUUGUAUUACCCAAAACUUCUCCUUUGUCAAAGUUGAUGAUCAAAGAUGCUCACACGGCUGUAGGUCAUAUGGGAAGAAAUGCUAUACUUGCCCACUUGAGGCAACGCUUUUGGAUCUUGGGAGCUGGAGUUAUUAUCAAGAGUCUUGUUUCCAAGUGUGUCAUUUGUAAGAAGUAUCAGUCACCAACUGGACAACAACAGAUGGCAGACCUUCCAGAUGACCGUCUUCAACCUGACAAACCACCAUUUUCGCAUGUGGGUAUGGACUUUUUUGGACCUUUUUUAGUUAAAAGAGGUCGUGCAACAAUGAAAAGGUAUGGUGUGAUCUUCUCAUGUUUGACCAUGAGAGCAGUGCAUUUAGAACUAGCUUGUUCUCUUGACACCGACAGCUGCAUCAAUGCUAUACGACGAUUUAUAUCAAGACGAGGUCAACCAGAAGUGAUCAGGUCAGACAAUGGGACCAAUCUCACUAGCAGCGAACGUGAACUCAAAGAAGAAAUCCUGAAAUUGAACCAACCCAAGUUGCACUCAUCAUUGCUAGAAAGAGGAAUUGAUUGGCAUUUUAACCCUCCUGCAGCAUCUCAUCAUGGUGGGAGUUGGGAACGUAUGAUUCGUUCAAUAAGGAAAGUUUUACAUGCAGUUGUCCAUGAACAAACCAUCAAACUUGACGAUGAAGGUCUGAGUACUCUCUUUGUGAGGUUGAAACUAUUCUCAAUGGGAGACCUAUCACUGAUGUACCAUAUCAUCCUCAUGAUCUAA